AUGGCCGAACUUCCAACAAUCACCGAAUUUUUCCGCGGAAAAAAUAUUUUCAUAACGGGCGGAAGCGGCUUUAUCGGGAAAGUCCUAGUGGAAAAGUUGCUACGAUCAUGCCCCGAUUUGGCCAACAUUUACUUACUCAUGCGGGAGAAAAAAGGGAAAAAUUUGGAGGAAAGAAUCAAACUCAUAACAGACCUGCCGCUUUUUGACCAAAUCAAAUCGAAAAACCCGAAAAUUUUGGACAAAAUCAAAAUCAUCAAUGGUGACGUUACUCGGCUGGGCCUCGGCCUCACUCCCGCCGAUCGCCAAUUAUUCGUCCACAACAUCAAUAUUAUCUUCCACGGAGCGGCCUCUGUGCGUUUUGAUGACGCUCUCAGCGAUGCUGUUUUGUUAAAUACGAGGGGCACCCGUGAAGUCGUCAAUCUUGCGUUGGCCAUGAAAAAUCUACUCACUUUCGUCCACAUCUCGACGACUUAUUGCAACACAGAUCGCAAAGUGAUUGGCGAACAGCUGUACCCAGCCCACGCUGAUUGGCGGAAAACAAUUGAAAUUGCGGAAAGUGUUGACAGACACGCUUUGAAUAUCUUGACAGAAAAAUACAUACAUCCUUUGCCCAACACUUACACUUUUACGAAAUCGUUGGCCGAACAUGUGGUCUAUGACCUGUGCAAGGGGAAAAUACCGGCGGUGAUUUUUCGACCUUCGAUUGUCAUUUCCACCGCACACGAGCCAUUCCCGGGCUGGAUUGACAAUUUCAACGGCCCGGUGGGCCUGCUGGUGGCCUCCGGCAAAGGCAUCGUGCACACCGUUUACAGCGACCCCGACGUAAUCGCCGACUACGUCCCAGUGGACAUCCUCGCCAAAGCAAUGAUCAUAGCAGCGUGGAAACAGGCCGUCAAGACCAAGUCUCCCGAGCGCCUAAACCCCGUCUUCUACAACGGCAGCAACAACGACGUGCAGCCCAUCACCAUGGGCGACAUGGUCGAGAUGGGCAAGGGCAUCUGCGAGGACGUGCCCUUCAACGACGUGCUAUGGUACCCCUCCGGGUCGGUGAACAAGUGCUACUACGCCUACUUGCUCAAAGUGUACUUCUACCAUCUGCUCCCGGCGCUCAUCAUCGACGGGCUGCUCAAAGUCAUGGGCAAGAAACCCAUGUAA